CAUCGUCUCGCUCAGUCACACUCUGAUAGGUGUGCCGCUCAGUCCUGAAGAGAGUUUUCUAUUCUUCCUUAAAAUGUCUUGGACCCGUGUGUUGGUGCUGUGUUUGCCUGCCAUCCUCCUCAUCCUCACCGUGUCCAGUGUGGUGAAGAGCGCGGCGGUACGGGACGACCCCAAACCAGCUCAGCCCAGAGGGGCUGCCAGGCAGGUGUUUAUGCCCGAGUCGGACGCCUCCAACUUCUUCAAGCGACGCAGUCGCCGGUCAGUCAGUUCCUACGAUGAGUUCCAAGCUGAGACGAAAGUGAAGCUGACGGCCACCGAGCAAAGGAGGGAGUACAAUGAGGAGCAAAGAACGGAGUACGAGAACUAUGUUGAGGAGGACCGUGAUGAGCUCAACGAGAGAUCAAGGGAGACAUCUGAGCAGAUGCGCGAGUAUCACUACGACGGUCUCUACCCUCGUUACCACUGGUUUCACUGAGCGUGCUCGGACGCGUGGAGAGCCAGGUUACAGCACUUUUCAUCGCAGCACAGAUGCUCCCGUAAACCUUUAUCCUGCAACAACCAUGUUUGCAUGAGAGCACGUGCUUGAAGUAUCUGUGCAUUUGAUCCACUUUAAACUACAACAAGUGUUUCUUUUAAAACUGUUUUUCAUACAUUAACUGUGCAAUAUGUGUCUGGUUCAAACUGUUAAAGUGCAUUCAAUGUGCAGUUUCUGUAUUUUAAGUUUUGCAUGCAUGUUUUUACUUCUUUUCAUAUGUACAUAGAAAGUAUUAAGUCCAACUGAUGUUUUCCUGAUGUGUAUUAUCAGAAAAUAAAGCAACCUUUUAUAUAACUAUUAACUGGUUUUUCCAGCAGAAGGUUGUAGCUUUCAUCUUUGUUUUUAAUUAAAAAUAUGGCAUUUUUAAGUGGAAUGAAAAAUAAAGGCAAGUUUUCAAUAUUUUAA